AAUUAAAAAUUUAUGGACCGAUCCAUGGCUUGCUUUCAAAGGCCCAAAGCCCUCAAUUUCGGCCAAACUCCCAAAGCCCUCAAUUUGCUGCAACAAUGGCGGUUGGGUGGAAGCCAUUGUUGCCCCUAAUCGCAGUCUCAGCUCUGUUCAUCUAUGAAGAGUGGGUCUCAUCUCCUUCCUGCAAAAGGUUACCUAGCCCUAACCUCCAUGGCCAUGAACCCAACCAGGACCACCCAGACGACCUCAAGGUCAUGAUGGUCGCCAAUCUCCUCCUCCUGGGCUCCGAGGCCGGCUACUUCAACCUCCUCUUCAGAGACUACUACUUGUCCAGGUUCUUCACGAAUUCUUUCCGAACUUUGAAGCCCGAUAUGCUGUUAGUGUUGGGCGAUAUCUCGGCCCGAGGUUACAAAUUGCCGAAUUCCAAGUACAUUUCGGUGAUUCACCAGUUUCAGCGUGUAUUGGGUCCAUUUCUCGGGCUGCCACUUCACGUUGUUCUUGGCGACCGAGAUAUCGGAGAGUGCGAUAAGCUAAGUUCGGAUUUGGUGAGUUGGGUUUCGGGUAGAUUUCCGGGUCUUGACUCUGCCGGUUGCGGAGCCUUCGAAAUCGGUAAUGUGAGUUUCGUGUCUCUAAAUGCCGUGGCUUUGCUUUGCGGGAACAAUGAGCUGAGGUUCAGUGUGGAGAAGGUGGUGGAGAGUGAAAGCAUGGAUUUUCAGAUGGGAAGCGAGCUGGAGGGAAUGGAUGAGAAUGGUCGAGUGAGGAAGAAGGUUUAUGAGUUUGGGUGGAGAGAGAAUGCUAUGUCAUCUGGGUCUGGUCCUGUGCUCUUGCUUCACUUCCCAUUAAGCCAAACUGUAGCUGCUGCUAACUAUGAUAGGAGCAGGAGUUCAAGCAUAUUGGACGGCAGGGGUCGUGUUGGUACAGGGCCAUACAAUUUGUUACACAAGCUACCUCCAAAUGCUACUGAAUAUAUCUUUCAAGCUCUCAAACCAAGGAUUGUUUUCAGUGCCCACACUCAGGAAUUCCAUGAUCACUUCCACCCAGAUGGGACUCGCGAGGUGACUGUUCCUGCCAUGACAUGGAAUGCAAGGGAUGAUCCUGGAUUUGUUGUUGCCAUUUUCCGAAGGAACAAAGGAGAAGUAAGCGUCAGCUAUUGCUCUCUAGCUAGGGAAUCUCACGUUCUAAUUGCCUAUGUAACUCUUCUGAUUCUUUUAGUACCAAUGAUGGUUUUCCCAAGCACGCCUAAUUUAAGAUGUUUUACACAAAGUUGACGCUAUAUAUAUACUAAAAUUUGUGUUGUGCAUUAUUUUCCCUACAAUUUUGUAUGUACAAUACUGUGUUGUAUUUGGGCAAAGCCAGAAUCCUACCAAGGAUAAAGCUCUGUUUGCCAAAGUCU